AACAGAAAUUUCGUCCCUGAAACAGACAUUUCAAAGUAGAAUAUACUGGCUGUAGCAUUGUUUUCGAAGAUCCGAUGACGCUGUGUAGCAGGCCGCACGCGCGUAUCAGGAACCUACUCUGACAGAUUUUUGUGGAUCAAGGUCGUCGAUUUCUCCUCAGUCACACCGAAAUACGGGAUUGCCCUCUCCCGUCCCCCUUACCCCCGUUCUCAGAAAGCAUGGCUCAGGAGACAAAUCAGACACAGGUGCCGAUGCUUUGCACAAUGGGAUGUGGUUUCUAUGGUAACCCACGCACUAAUGGAAUGUGCUCUGUCUGCUACAAGGAACAUCUGCAGAGACAACAAGGAGGGGGGCGAAGCAGCCCCCCAGGUGAGAAAGCUGCCACAUCACCUGUAGGUUCCUCAGGUGCCUCUGCAGUGAUGGUGGAGUCUGUCCCUGUUCCCACCUCGGAAGAUGUCACCCCAUCGGAAGAACGUAUGUCUAGUUCACCCAGCCCUGUAACCCAACAAAUGACUGCUAUGAGUAUCUCCCAGGACAUUGGAACCCAUGAUUCCGAUAAAGCAGAAGGGGAUGAAGAAGAAGAGGAGGGCUCGUCUAAAAGCACAGGGCCAGUAGGGGAGGCUGCUCAGGCUUCUUCAGAUGGAGAUCAGACUCCUGACAAGAACAAAAAGAAGAAUCGAUGCUUCACUUGUAGGAAAAAAGUUGGCUUCACAGGCUUUGACUGUCGCUGUGGUAACCUGUUUUGUGCUAUCCACCGUUACUCUGACAAACAUGACUGUCCCUACGACUACAGAGGAGCUGCUGCGGCUCGCAUCCGCAAGGAGAACCCCAUAGUGGUAGCUGAGAAGAUUCAGAAGUUAUGAGAACUGACGGCUUAGAGAGCUAAAUUCUUUGACCUUCAAAUUUUGGAACCAUGGCUCUGAAUAACACCGUUCUAAAAAUGGGUUCAUUUCUUCAUUGUAGGAUAGGGUGGGUGAGGUCAGUGGGUAUUGUCCCUGCUUGGCCACUCCCUAAACCAUCAUCUCCCUGUCUCUCCUGGAAGGACAGUGUAAAGUGUGUGUUUGAAUGUGUGACACAUGAUGAGAAAUGUUAUGUGUGGUUUUUCUUUUCUGGAGAGCCAGGGAGAAGUGGGAUUGGUUGUCUGGUGUGCAUCCAUAUGAAUUGGGGGGGGGGGGGCCUUUAAUUUUUACCCUGGCAUUGAUUUUGUUAGGAUAAUAACAUUAUUUUUUUAUUGAAGCCUUGGGAUGUGGGUUCAUGAGUCUGGAGAGUUCAGACUUUGAUACGGGGUGGGAAUUUCCUUGAUAUUGCAAAUUGAUGCUGAAGAAUAUAGAUUUUAAUGACUACUCCCACAUUUACCCAUGUAAAAUUUUCCUUUUCUGUGUGUUUUUCUUUAUUCUGGUUAAAACCCCUGACAUGUCAAAUCCCAGCCUGUGCAUUUACAACAUAUUUCUCUUUUAUAUAUUGACUUAUCAUGAUAAUGUUGGGUGCAUGAAUAGUUAUUGGAUGUGUUUUAAAAGGGGAGUUGGGUGGGGUGGGGUGGGGGUGUAGCCAGAGCCUUGACAUAAGCGAGUGACUGAGUUUAUUUUCUUCUUUCCUUUAAUGUUUUAAUGAGUGUAUGGCAUCAGAAGAUCUAUAUUAAUAUAUUGUACGUAGCUUGAAUUGUGUGAUUGCAUUCUAUUUAUUUUUGUAUUAUCAUUUGGUUGGUUGGGACUGGAGGACUGGAAGCAGAGUAGAGUCUUGUUUGUGUCUUCAAAACAAAUGGGCAAGAUUGGGAUGAAAAAUGAUCCGUCAAUUCAGAAUCCAAUCACAACAAAAGGAACCAGUUCAGUAUCAUCACACAAGUUUAACAGCAUAGAAUCUUUAGAGCUGUGUGGAACCGAGCAGGCCUGUUAUUGCUAAUGCACGCCUGUGCACGCAGCGAUUAACUCGUUUGACCUUCGGAGUCACAGAGCUUUUAGAAGCGAGGUAUUUGUUAUAAACCACCAGCAGACCAAUGAAUGAUAGCUAACAGAACUGGUUUGUAAUUUAUUACAUAACAAUUUGACAUUUUCUGAGAUGUGUAUUUCCUCAAUAACGAAUGAAUUCUGCUAUGAUUGAUGAUUUCAUAGUGGAAGAUGCAUUCACUUCCCCAAACAGACAAGCCUGGCAUGUUUGCACAGAUAUUAGGUCAAAUGCAAAGUUUGCUACAGCAACAUUCUAGAUUGCAACUUUGAACUGAACAAGAAUGUAAAAAUGCAAUGUCAUUCCAUUGUUACAAUGCAUUGACGAAUGUACCCUGGCUCACUGAUAUCCAAAUUAACAGGUUUCAACUGUGUUUGCUAAUGUAAAUACCACGUGGCAACCAAUCAUGUUGAAUUUUUCUUAAUAGAAUGUUGCAAGGUUCUGAGAAGAGGGGGAAAGAUUCAGCAGAAAGUUUGUUUUGUGUGUAUGUAGUGUUUAUUAACCCAUAUGUAUGAAGAAAUGUGCAGCGCUGAGUUUCCUGCGAUGCUUUGAGUGAGGCCUGUGUCUUUGUGCUUGCUGUUUGUGUGUUUUAAUAUUUUUUGGUAAAAGAGCUGAAACUAUCAUGUGGGACAUUUUGUAUUUGUCUUUAACAUUGUCUUGCAAGGUAGCCCAAAAAAGUAUCUUGAAGUGUACGUUUUUGCAUGAUUCAUAAACGAUAACCUAACUUAAAUGAACAGGAACAUCACUUUCUAUGUGGCUCUUAUCCUGAAAGCAGCUAGGUGGAUGUAACCAAUUUUAUAGAAAUCUGCCAACACUGGCACCAAACUAAUACCUUACAGUGUGAUUUGAAGUUUUGGCCUUAGCUUAUUUAAUGACUUUGCUUCUUUAAGGAAAUGACCCGAGCUUUAAUUAGCACCCUCUUUGUUUUGAGCAUUAUCCUCAGUGGUGCUGACAGUUCAAGAGAGCCUUUGUGAAAGCAGCUCUCUGAAAGUGGCUCAAAGAGCUGGCAUGCACACACACCAUUGUUGGCUGAGCCUGAUAUAAGCCUUUUAAUGAGGGUUUGGAACUCUUUGUAUGUCCUACUCCUCUCCCACUACAUACAAGUCUUUGCAGUCAGACUGUACAAAAAGCUCCUUUUGGUAUUUUGAUACAGACAAGGUGAAAGGCAUUGUCAAUGUAUGUGAAUGUUGGGCUGAAGUUCUGAUGCCACUGCUUGAAACGGAGUACACAAAUACAAACGGUGUGAAUGUAGCCAACUAUUUGGUAAUGUUUAUCAUGUUUAUCAAUAUUAAGCUCCAGUGCAGUGAAAGCCAGUUGGGUCACAGUUCCUCACCUCCUAAUGUUGCCUUCAGUGUCUUUUCAAAUCGCUGGCACUAUGUCAAUCUAAUGCAGUAUCCCUUCUACAAUAGCAAUGAUUCACAGGCAUUAUUGCCUUUUAAAGAGAAAAAUAGAAGGGCAAAUUCUAAAUAAUACAGUGAUAAUGAAGGUUUUUAGGUUUUAUUCACUUUAAGCAGUUCAUUAGAACAUUCAGAUGGGUGAUGCGAGUUUCAGCUCAGGCAUAUUGAGCAGUAUGUUAACCAGCAUUCAUGGGUAAUUAACCAGCAUGCCCAGUCCCCCAGAGACACAACCAGAUACCUUUUUUCUUUUGAAAUUUAGGAUUGUAUGAUGUGUACGAGUAAGUAUAAAACCAAUAAAAUCAAAGUUUAUUUUAAAUUUACAAAA